AUGUUUGCAGUGCUGCUUGCUUUGAUCAACUGCAUGAGUAUGAAAUUUGUCACAUUUGUGCAGAAUUUUUUCACUGUUGCAAAACUGGCGGCUUUGGCACUGAUUAUUGUGACUGGAAUCAUACUUCUAAUCCACGGAGAUCCGUAUCGAGACUCAUUUGAAGACGUCUGGGAAGGUUCAAAGUGGGAACCUGGCGAAAUUGCCCUUGCAUUUUAUUCCGGUCUUUGGGCUUAUAACGGAUGGAACUACUUGAAUUUUAUCACAGAAGAACUCAUCAAUCCUACAAGAAAUCUGCCCUUAGCUAUAGCAAUCAGUUGCUGUAUUUGCACAAUUGUUUAUGGAAUGACCAACGUUGCAUUUUAUGCAGGAAUAUCGCCUGACCAGCUGCUUGCAUCAAAUGCUGUCGCCGUCGAUUUCGCUGACCAUUACUAUGGGAUCUUCGCAUGGAUCAUGCCAGUUUUGGUGGCGUUUUCAUGCUUCGGCACAGUGAACGGUAUUAUGCUCACAUCAUCACGAUUAUUUUACGUUGCCGGACGUUAUGGACAUAUGCCACGCGUGCUGAGCUUUAUUAAUCCUCAUCUCAAUACUCCCAUUCCUGCUGUUCUUUUCACUGCGGUAUUGUCAUGCGCGUAUUUGCUUCUCUCCGACAACAUUUACACGCUUAUUAAUUAUGUGCAAAUUGUGAAUUUCUUAGCGAUUGGUGUCGCUAUCGCUGGACUCCUGUACCUGAGGGUGAAACAACCGCCGAAGAAGUAUCCAAGACCACUGCAAGUGAACCUGUUUUGGCCGAUAUUGUUUUUGUUCGGAUGUAUAUUUCUGGUCGUAUUCCCAAUAUACCAAGCACCAGUUGACACAGGUAAUCAUUCAAAUUCGAACUGCCCAAGCAAAGUUCCAAUUUAA